ACAAGCAAUCAACACUAACAUUCAAAGCUGCGGAUUUCUUACUUCCUCAUCGUCGUCAAUAAGAAGCGAAGAAAUCGAAGUUGCGUGAAGUUUUUGGAUUUACUUUCCGCCAUGGAUCUAUCGAUUUCCGGCCCUCUUUCCGGAGCUUUUCCCGCGCCAACUUCAGCACUAAUCCUCGCUCCCAAAUCUCCAUUUUUUGGCUCCUUCAAGCCUCGGAAUUCCUACCUCAACAAUCCGUUAGUUUCCCGCCAAUACUUUCCGAUUAGAGCUCAGGUCUCGGAUGCGCCGGUCGACGAUGACUUUGUCAUUGACGAUGUCCCUCACUUGACUAAUUUCCUCCCUGAUUUGCUGUCGUACCCAAAUCCUUUGCAAAAUAGCCAAGCAUAUGCUAUUGUCAAGCAAACUUUUGUUCGUCCAGAAGAUGUGGUUGCUCAGAAGAUUGUUGUUCAGAGGGAUAGUUCCCGAGGAAAACAUUUCCGGCGUGCAGGGCCCCGAGAAAAGGUCUAUUUCACAUCAGAGGAAGUGCGUGCUUGCAUUGUAACUUGUGGUGGCUUGUGCCCAGGGAUUAAUACAGUCAUUCGGGAGAUAGUCUGUGGCUUAAACUAUAUGUAUGGUGUCAGUGAUAUACUUGGCAUUCAGGGAGGAUAUAGAGGCUUUUAUUCGAAAAACACCUUGUCAUUGACGCCCAAAGUUGUGAACGAUAUCCACAAGCGUGGUGGUACUUUUCUUCUCACUUCACGAGGUGGUCAUGAUACCCAAAAGAUUGUUGAUAACAUCCAGGACAGGAGAAUCAAUCAGGUUUACAUUAUUGGUGGAGAUGGAACCCAACGGGGGGCAGCUCGGAUUUUUGAGGAAGUUGAGAAGCGUGGUCUUAAAGUAGCAGUGGCUGGCAUACCCAAGACAAUCGAUAAUGAUAUUGCUGUGAUUGAUAAAUCUUUUGGUUUUGAUACUGCUGUUGAAGAAGCUCAAAGGGCCAUUAAUGCUGCGCAUGUGGAGGUAGAAAGUGUAGAAAAUGGCAUUGGAAUUGUCAAACUCAUGGGAAGAUACAGCGGUUUCAUUGCUAUGUUUGCAACGCUGGCAAGUCGAGAUGUGGAUUGCUGCUUGAUUCCAGAAUCACCAUUCUAUCUAGAGGGCAAAGGUGGACUCUUUGAGUUUGUUGAAGAGCGGUUAAAAGAGAAUGGGCAUAUAGUUAUUGUUAUUGCUGAAGGGGCUGGUCAGGAAUAUCUUGCUCAGAGUAUGCAUGGAAUUGAUGAGAAAGAUGCAUCUGGAAACAGGCUUCUCCUCGAUGUUGGUCUCUGGUUAACUCAAAACAUCAAGGAUCAUUUUACUAAGGAGCGGAAGAUGGCAAUAAAUAUGAAAUACAUCGAUCCAACAUACAUGAUACGAGCUAUCCCGAGUAAUGCCUCAGACAACAUUUACUGCACUCUUCUUGCUCAAAGCGCCGUGCACGGGGCCAUGGCUGGAUAUACAGGGUUCACAGUUGGACCUGUAAACAGCAGACAUUCAUAUAUUCCAAUUUCUCAUGUUACCGAGACUCAUAACACUGUGAAGUUGACUGAUAGGAUGUGGGCUAGACUUCUUGCUUCGACAAACCAACCCAGUUUCCUCAACUGUGAUGAAUCAAGAGGGGGGAAAGUGUGUAAAGAUACAAUCGACUUGAUCAACAACAUGAAGAUUACAUCUAUUUAGAUUCGAUCGAUCGAUGCUCCGACUCGAACACGUAUUUGUUUUGCACCACAAACUCGGCAGGAAGGAUUGAUCUUAGACGGCCUCUUAUCCGGUAAAUCCUUUUCUUUAGCCUACACUCUUAUCUGGUAGAUUUACCACCUGCCAUUUAGCUAUGCAUAUCUUGGUUGCUACAUGUUUCUCCUCCAUUCGGAUUGUGCCUCGACAAUUUACUAUCAUCAUGACACACCGCCAAUAUGUUUG